GAGAUGGCGCUGAGUUCCGUGAAAUCUUUAUCUAUGCAACAGACUCCAUUAGGACGUCCAUCCUUUGUGAACCUUGAUCCCAAGUACAAAUGUCUCGAGUGCAGAGAUGUUCUUAGAGAUGCCGUUCAAACCCUUUGCGGACACAGGAUGUGUGAAGAAUGUGCAUUCAAGGUGUUUGAAAAGUCUUCACCCUUGCGAUGUCCUGGAAAUGAUGAAACAUGUGUACCGACUCUGAAAAAGGAGGAGAUUUUCAGAGACCCAAGUGCGAGACGUGAGACUGCUACGCUUCCGGUGUAUUGCUCCAAUAAAGACCAAGGUUGUACACAGGAAAUGCAGUGGAAACAACUGGAGGAACACAUUUUGGACUGCGAUUUCAAAUCAGUUCAGUGUGUCUAUGAACCUAAUGGCUGUGGUAUAUUUACUCUGAAAAAGAACUUGGAGGAUCAUCUGCAGCGUUGUGAAUACAGAAAGGAGCCAUGUUUCUUCUGUAAGGAUGACGUCGUCAUCGUUCAUAGACAAGAUCACGAAUCAAUGGAAUGCAGAAAAAUUCUUAUUGAUUGCCCAAAUGGAUGUGGUAUUGCUGAACGACCUCGAGAAGAUAUGAAGGAACAUGAACUAGAUUGUCCGAAAAGACCGUUUCAUUGUAAGUUUUCAAAUGUCGGAUGUGAUUUUACAGGAUCAAAAGAAGAAUUGGAGAAACAUGAUCAGAUUUCAUUUGACCAUCAUCUACAGUUAACGACAUUGUACACAGCUAGUAUUGACCUCCAGAGUAUGGAGAUCCAAAGGGAAUUGCAAGAUAUCUCAGAAAGUCGACAUAAUUUGAAAAAGACAAAUGACCAGUGUUUGCAAGAAGUUGGAAGUUUGAGGGAGGAAAUGGAAGUCAGGAAAAGGGCGAUAAAGGAGAUCAAGUUGCAAUCCGUUGCCCUCGCUGAACGCAUGAUCCACAUGGAGAGAAGAGUAGAGGAUUGCGCCAGGAAAAACACAGUUGAAAAACAAGGAAGAGACUUACAGGGUCUACGGGACGGCCAAAUAAACCUAUCGAACAGGUUAACGCGGUUAGAACAGAAUGGUCUGUAUGGUGGAGAUAGACAGAGCAUUGGAGACAAUGUUGCUGGCAUAUUACAAAAUCAUGACAGACAAAUCGGAUUGAUGGAUAUUCGUCUGACUGAAUUAGACUUGAGACUUCAGAUUCAAGAAACGACAUCGUUUAAUGGUGUUUUACUAUGGAAAAUACGGGAUUACACGAGACGAAAACAAGAAGCAAAGAAUGGUAGGACGCUCUCCCUGUUUAGCCAGCCAUUUUACACGAGCCAAUUCGGCUACAAGAUGUGUGCCCGAGUCUACCUCAAUGGCGACGGCAUGGGGAAAGGGACACACAUGUCGCUGUUCUUUGUCGUGAUGAGAGGCGAUUUCGACAAUCUACUUCCUUGGCCAUUCCAACAGAAAGUGACCAUGGUUUUAAUGGAUCAGGAUACGGGAACAAACAGGCUGUCUGAUACGUUCAGGCCUGAUGAAAAUAGCAAUAGCUUUAGGAAGCCACAGACAGAGAUGAAUAUUGCAUCAGGCUGUCCUGUUUUUGUUUCUCACACAAUGCUUGAAACGAAAACCUACCUCCAAGAAGAUACGAUAUUUAUAAAGAUUGAAGUGGACACGAAUGGCAUUAAUCCUCCAUAA